AUGUUGUUUUUUUAUGCACCAAUCAAAGUUCUCCAUCUGCUACCUGAACCCUGGAAUUAUGCACCCUCGCUUUGUAGAUGCAAUGCAUGUUGGCAACCCAUUACCCAAGGCUUCUCCUUCCACUGCUCCAUUUGCCGCCUAGAUCUGCACCCAUCAUGUGCAAAUCUGCCCAGGAAAAUUAAAGACCGAAAUCAUCCGCACAAUAGUUUGGAUCUCUGUUUCAUUCCUCCCUAUCCGAGCAAAGCCUUUACCUGCAAUGUCUGUUUGCAAGAAAACCAACGUUCAUGGAAUUAUCACUGUUCUGAGUGCGACUACAAUGCCCAUGUGAACUGCACACAAAUACCUUUGCUCAGAGAAUCCCUGCUGAAUGAAACUUCUCAAGCUGUAACUCGGGCAUAUGUAGAUUACACUGCAAGCUCAGGCCCCCGUCAUUUGGAGAGAAGUUUCAGUGAGCCUCCCAGAUUGUUUUCUUUUCCUCGCCCAUCUUCGCUGCACAGCUGGUCGUCUUCUCAGAUGCAGCAGCAGCAGUAUCAACCCUUCCAAAAUCCAUAUAACACAAUGGGUAAUAUGUUUGUGAGGCCAACCAUCACAGCCAUUAUGCAUACUCUACUGGGAAGUGUAGUUCAAAGUUUUAUGAAUCCAGGUGGGGGUGGAGGAGGAGAUGGAUGGGGUGGUUUUGGGGGACUGAAUAGCUCCGGAAAUUUGUCUGAUAUUGCGGAAUCUAUAUUUAAUUUUCGAUUCUUUUAA